CGCACACCACGCCACACAAGCAACGUUCGACCACGCAGGCAAAAUGUCGUCGCGUGCAUUACGGCGGGCUCAGCGUGAGCUGGAGGAAAAGAAACAGUUGGAGCAGCUGGCCCAAGAGAAUGCCGAAGAAGCGGAAGAAGCGGAAGAAGACGAUGAUGACAGCGAAAGCGAGGCUAUUGCAUCAAAGCCGAAGCCGAAGCCCAGUCUAUUUGCGAUGCUGGGAGACACAGGCGGCGACAAUGAUGAUGAAGAUGACGAAGAGGAUGAGAUCGAAGAGCCCAACACAGCCAAGAAGGUGGAAAUCAAAGAAGAGCCGGCACCCGCACCAAAACCGACAAAAAAGUCGAAGAAGAAGAAAAAGAAGGGAAAAGGCAAAACUAAGACCGCAGAGACUCAACCAUCGGCAAAAUCGCAGGCUAUGGCGGGGCUGGACGAGAUCGACCAAGCUCUACUCGCUCUCAAAGUCACGUCACAUGGCGGGGCUGGUGGAGCUUCUGAAGAUGUUCCUGCAAUCAGUGAAGAGAAACAACAUCUGUACUCUGCUUUGAGUAUCGACACUCAGCAUCUGCAUGCUGCUAAUGAGAUGAGAAAGCUCUUUGGGAGAUCUGCAGUGCAGGGUGGGGCAGACGACGAACCUCGCGCGCGGCGAAGGGGACCUCAAGGCGGGAUCGCAGCAGCCAUGGCUGGCCGGGGAGCCCCAGGGAACAGGAGUCUUGCUUCCUUGGGACUGCGGCGGAACAUCUUCAUCCAAGGUAAAGAAGAGUGGCCUCGAGCAACCUCCGGAGGACUGGGCAUGGAGAUUGUAGAAAAGCGAACUGACGGAACGGUCGAGUACCGUUUCGUUCACAACACCACGUAUCAAUCCGUGCAGCAGCAAUUCGACACAUGUGUAGCUUCCAUGGACCCUGAGCGCAUGGUGCAACUUCUCCAAUACAAUCCUUACCAUAUUUCUACACUCUUGCAAGUCUCCGAAAUCGCCAAGCAGCAACGAGACAACGCGGCGGCUGGCGAACUUUUGGAGCGUGCGUUGUUCUCCCUAGGGCGCGCAGUACACUCCACAUUUGCGCACAAUCUUUCCCAAGGAAAAGCUCGUCUAGACUUUCGGCGACCAGAAAACCGUGAGUUUUGGCUUGCCGUUUGGAGGUAUAUUGGGACACUUGGAGUUCGUGCCACAUGGCGUACAGCGUUCGAGUGGGCAAAACUGCUGUUGAGCAUGUCUCCAGAUGACGAUCCGUAUUGUAUCAAGUUGCAGAUUGAUCAGUUGGCUUUACGUGGGCGUGAGCCCCAAGCUUUGAUCGACAUAGUAGAGUCUGAUCACCUGCAACGUGCCUGGAAAAUACCACCUAAUCUUGCCUUUUCGGUGGCGCUCGCUCACGACCGUCUGAAGCACCCGCAGGAAUCCAGGAAGGCAUUACGCUUGGCUAUCAAAGAAUAUCCCUGGAUAGCUUCACGGUUGUGUAAAGAGCUGGACAUAACACCCAUACCAAAACCAGUGUGGGGCAAGGAACCCAAUGGAGAUCACCAGGAACUCUUAUGCCAGCUCUAUGUCCCGCACGCGAAGGAUUUGUGGAAUACAACAGAAGGCACGACAUUGCUCGUCGAAGUGUGUUAUUCGAUGGAAGAAGAAUUAGGCGCUGGAGAGCACCCUUACUGGCUGGCAGACUUCAAGGAGUUGGACAUUGCGCGCCACGUUAUUCUGUCCGAUGAUCGUGCCCUACUCAAUCUCCUGGACUCGGCCAUCAAAUCAAAAUAUACAUCUACGUCAGAUCCGCUGCCCCCGGAAGACAACAUAAGCUCUUACAGCACAGCAGCGAUGGGACAUCAAGCAUCACGGUCAGGGGAGGUAAACCAGAUGCAGCUUCUCCGUGAGUUGGAGGACCUGAGACAGUAUUUCCAGAAUAUCAAUUUCCAGAAUAUACCCAACGAUGACCAGAUUGCGGAUGAGGCAACCUUCUUGGGCGCGCUAGAGGUAGCAGGUACGUCGAUUGAGCAGUUCAUGCAAAGAACACAAAGACUUCAGCAGAUCCGGCCACUCCUACAUGAGUUGGGCGUGGAUGUUGUGUUUGAUGGACAACGAGAGUCGGAUGCCGAGGCCGACUCAGAUGAGUAA